UUCAGUCGGAUAGGUUAUUGUUCGAUUUUAUCGAGAUCACGUGACAAUGACCCUGCACACAUAAAUCCAAAAUGGCGCCGUAGGCUUGUUUCGACAGUCACGUAGCGUUUAAUUUUUUGGAUUUUCUCCGUGAUCGAGCGACAUCGUACCUUCAAAAUAUAGCUAAAAGCAUUAAUCAAGUCAGUGUACAUAAUGCCAGGUGAAAAUUGUUCAGUAUUUGGCUGUGGAACGUGUAGGAGAAGUAAAGGAAUUGGAAUCUGGAAGCUACCGGCGCCGCGAAACGCAGAGUACAAGAAGUGGCGAGAAGACUGGCUCAACGAGCUCACUAAAACUAGAGUUGUUGAUGCUAACUUCCGCCAACUGAUAGAAAAAGACAGGGUGUUUACCUGUGAGAAGCACUUUAAGCCCGAAGACAUAGAGAAAUUUGAAACCGAGAAGAUGCUCAAGACUAAGCCUAGAUUUGGCGCUAUACCUACUUUAAAUAUGCCUAAGAAGUCGCAUCAAACUGAACCAGUGAAGACACGAGCUGCAAGAUCGGUAGUCAAAGAUGUCGCUCCUGAACAAAAUGCCAAGUAUUAUAAAAGCUUCAAAGACUUGGUAUCAAGACUAAAGGCCUUGAAAUCCAUUAAAGAUUGGACUCUAGAAGAACUGAGCGAUAGGAUUGUGCUAAAGAAAGUCACGACUGCUCUACUACCUGAACUUCAGAUAAUGAUCGAUGACAGCUUGGGCUUCACUAUCUCUGUGUCUGGAUGGCUACUGCCUGACGAUCAUGGACUUUAUAUGAAAGCGUUGAGAUCUGUAAGGAAUAUUAUAGUAUCUGAACUUGUUAAGAGUACAGAAGUGUUGUUUGUUUGCCCUGGUGUUAAGCCAACUGCUUCUUUCAGUGAGUUAACACACCAUGUUAUUUCAAAGCCAAGUGAUUCCUUGUUUGAUUCUGAUGAUGGCGAAGAUUCAUUCCCACGCAAAGAGUUUUGGAGAACUUGUAAUUGUUCUGUUUUGUGCAAAACAGACGAUCAGUGCCCAAGCUGUAGUAGUUUUCAACAUAAGCAAACACUUUCUGACAAUGCAAAAUGCCGCAAACUAGCUGAACCAGCACAUCUGUUUGCACCUGUUUCAAAAACAUCUCCUCAAAGAAUUAAGGCGACAUUACAACUUCAAAAGACUUAAAUGUGCUGAACUUGAAAAGCAGCUUUACAACAUGAGAUGUGAAAUCCAGAAAUCCAGUCUUAAAGUUGAUGAUGAACUGAGUAGGGACAUAACUUCGAUACUCAGCAAUUCAAGUGAGAAUAUCCCUCCAUUUAUGAAUCUCUUUUGGGAGGAACAAAAAAAGAUCUUAUCUGCCAGUACCACUGGAGUGAAGUAUCAUCCUAUGAUAGUUCGCUUUUGUUUAUCACUUGCUGCAAAAUCCCCUUCUUGUUACGAGGAAUUGCGCAAGAGUAAUAUCUUAAGGCUGCCAAGCCAAAGAACACUAAGAGACUAUAGGAACUGUAUUCGCCCAUGCACUGGAUUCCAUGAGGAUGUCAUUGAGGAGCUAAUUGUACAGUCACAGAGCUAUUUUGAUGUCCAA